GCGAUGGUCCUACUCAACCAGCAGACUUUAAGAGCGUCGUCAGUAGUUCUCAUAUGUAUGUCUUAGAAAACGGGUCCUUAGUAGUUCGAGAUGUGGAAAAGCAGGACGCUGGAUUUUACCUGUGUGAAGCAAGUAAUGGUGUUGGAACGGCGCUUGCGGAAACCGUCAGAUUGUCAGUUAACGUUCCUCCUCGUUUCAACCAGAGUUUUGAAGUGAAAACUGUCAAAGAACACCAGGAAGUAGUUUUGAGUUGCGAUGCUCACGGUGAAAGUCCCCUUACAGUUUCAUGGAAACGUUACCAGAGACCUAUUGAUAGAAGCGUUCUUUCAAGGUAUGUGCUACGGGAGCACGUUCAUUCGACUGGUCUGAAAUCGCAACUUUCCAUUCCUUCAGUUCUUCGAUCUGAUUCUGGAUUAUUUUCCUGUGAAGCAAGCAAUGACUAUGGAAGAGAGGAGAAAAGUAUUCAGCUUAUAGUGCAAG